AACAUAGCCUAGAAACUCAUCCACCAUUUUGCCUCAUGGUAGCAAACAAACUGGUGCAUAGUGCCUUCCUAGUUCAGCACCAUAGCUCGGAAUCUCCAAUUUGCAAUCCAAUGUUGAAUCUCAGCCAUGCACAGUUAGUUACUUCCAUUCGUUCUCCUUCUAUUGAUAGACUAAAACUCAAAUUCGUAUCGUCUGGGAACUUCAAUGCUCCAAUCAAGGCUGCUCUCUCUUCUUUUUCAUCAGGAGGGAACUAUAACAAAAACACAGACCAAAUGAUCCCCCCCUACAACGUUUUGAUCACAGGCGGUUCUAAAGGAAUUGGAUAUGCACUUGCUAAAGAGUUUCUGAAGGCGGGUGAUAAUGUCUUUAUUUGCUCUAGAUCAGCUGAAAGAGUGGACUGCGCUCUUGAAAAGUUAAGGGAAGAAACGGGGAAGCAACAUGUGUGGGGUACUAAGUGCGACAUUCGGGAUAGCAACAAUGUAAGACGCUUAGUUGCAUUUGCAAAGCAAGAGCUCAAAUACAUAGAUAUAUGGAUUAAUAAUGCUGGAUCAAAUGCUUAUAGCUACAAACCGCUUGUAGAAGCUUCUGAUGAAGACCUAAUCGAAGUGGUCACCACAAAUACACUUGGUUUGAUGAUAUGCUGUCGAGAGGCUAUAGAUAUGAUGCUCAAUCAGCCUCGAGGAGGUCAUGUAUUUAAUAUUGAUGGAGCUGGUUCCGAUGGAAGGCCAACCCCUAGAUUUGCUGCUUAUGGUGCAACUAAACGUAGUGUGGCACACCUUACAAAAUCCUUGCAGGCGGAAUUGGAGAUGCAAGAUGUAAGAAAAGUUGUAGUGCACAACCUCUCACCUGGAAUGGUCACAACUGAACUUCUCAUGUCUGGUGCUACCACAAAGCAGGCCAAGUUUUUUAUAAACAUAUUGGCAGAGCCGGCUGAUGUGGUGUCCAAGUACCUUGUCCCCAAAAUUAGGUCUAUCCCUACAAGUGGUUCGACAAAACCGACUUACAUUCAUUUUCUCACCGGAUUGAAAGCAUAUUCCCAGAUAUUCUUAAGGAUUGCAUUUGGUGUGAGGAGGAAUCGACAUAUUUUUGAGGAUUGACAAAAUGGAAUCUGCGUGCAAAGCAUGUGCAUUCUCCAGCAUUUGCCAAUAGCAUGCAAACAUAAAGGCCAUUGUGAUCUGUUUUCACUAGAAUUUGAUCAGCGCCGAGACAUUCACUAGGGAUGAAUAUGGCCCGGUGUGGGACGGUUCUCUUAAAGAACCUUUCUCGUAUCAAAUUACAGUUGUAGAAAACCAGAAAUCAAGUACCGGUUCCAAAUACAAGUGGCGCCUAUUCCGUUCCCUACCAAUUGUUGGUACUAUACUUCGGUACCAUUUAGUUCAUGAAUAAUAUACAUAAUAAAAUUAUGUACAAACUAUAAAUCAAUAUUCAAAUGUUCAGUUUUAAAGUAGGAGUGUUUAUCACAAUUAAUCAUGAACAACCAUUAGAUUAUAAUUGCCAAUAACUAAUCAGGAUAAGUUUGAACAA